UUAAUCCCUUUAUUUGUCACUUGUUGCUGGUGCGUCUUUUUUUUCCUUUCCACUUAAAAUAAAAGUUUAACUUAGAUUAACACUAGAAAAAAAAAUGAGCCGACAAUGUAAUGCAAUUUUUAUGCUGACGAUUUUAUACACGAACCAAUGUCACGGAGAAAUGCAGAUGGAUUCUAAUGGAAAGUUAACAAUAAAAAGUAUUAACGUUGAAGAAGAUACUUACUUUGAAUUAAAUUGCAAUCUUCAUGCUGAAAAAAAUAUUUCACUAAUUUGGAAAAAAGAUGGCAUACCUAUUCAAGAAAAUGCAACAAUUUAUAAUCUAAAAGGAAUAAGCUUGGGCAUUAAAAAGGCAAAUUAUUUUGAUCGAGGUUUAUAUGAAUGCUCUUCACUCUCAAAUAACAAAACAAGCCAGAAGUUUUUUCUUCGAGUAAAAAAUCCUCAUAGAGCUGUUUGGCCUUCAAUUGGUUUACUGUUGCAAGUAAUUAUCCUUGCAACAAUAAUAUUCUUUAGUGAAAGACAAAAAACCAAGAAAGUGCUCUCGACAUUAUUAAGCGAAGAAGAGCGGCGUCUAAUUACAUAAUUACAUAUUUAGUCUAAUUACAUAAUUACAUAUUUAGCGAAAUAUUUUUAACUAAAAUGAUAUAGAAUUUUCGUAGAUUCGGCACGUCGAAUAAAAAACGAACUUUAUUUCAUUUGUUAAGUACUUUUAACUUAAAAAAAAAUGUUGAUAAAUAAACGAGAAGUUUGACAAGAUAUCUAUGCAAAACAAGAUUAUUUGCAACCUUAUACGUACGUCUUAAUGUAGGUACAUCAAUGACAUUAAAAGUGUUUAAAAAAAGAUUAUUUUCAAUAAUUUUUUAUAAUGUAAAAUAGAUUUUAAGCUUUUUAUUGUAUGAAUAUGGAUAUUUAGAUUAAAAGUUGGAUUGUUAAUAUUUGUUUUCCGAUAAAUUUCGUUUUUAA